AGAGCGCAGACGUAAGGGACGGACUCUGUGGUCGUGAAGCUGAUGCAGACGGUGAGGGUGUGCGUGUGGGGGGAGCUUUACAUGUGUGUCGAGAUGCUUCUCCAGACGCCCUGAGUACCCAAGCCCAGUGCAGCCCCCGGAGUGUACGCGUUCACCGCCCCUGUGCCGCACCUUGCUCCGCUGUGUCCCCCCCAGAGGCAGCAUGGUGGACGUGUUCAGCGGGCGGCUGCUGGUCAGCAAGGACGGCCGCAGCGUGGACCCUGAGGAGGCACUGCAGAACAAGGUGGUAGGACUCUACUUCUCGGCCGGCUGGUGCUCGCCAUGUCGCGACUUCACCCCCGUGCUCUGCGACUUCUAUACGGAGCUGCUGGAGGAAAGCCAGCCGCCAGCGCCAUUCGAGGUCGUCUUCAUCUCCUCUGACCACAGCGCCGAGGAAAUGGUGGGCUACAUGCGCUCCAUGCACGGCAAUUGGCUGGCUCUGCCCUUCCACGACCCCUACAAGCACGAUCUGAAGAAGAAAUACAACAUAACAGCAAUUCCUAAACUGGUGAUUGUGAAACAAAGUGGAGAAGUCAUUACUGACAAAGGAAGAAAACAGAUCAGAGACAAAGGGCUAUCCUGUUUUCGGAACUGGCUUGAGGGCGCGGAUAUAUUUCAGAAUUUUUCUAGCUAAAUAGAAGUUGACAAGCAAGACAGGUCAUCAUGGAGAUUUUGUAGAACUUUUGAACAAUUUUUGUGAUCUUCAGAACAAGAAGAGUAAGGCUGCAUUAUUUAAUUUUGUUUGAAAAAAAUUUGUUUUUGACUUGAAGAUUAUUUAUUCCAUUAAGUCAUAAAAUACAGUGUCUGUUUUAUUUGUAUUGUUUUCUCUACUGUAGUUGGUACAAACGUAAGCGUUCCUAAUAACACUGAAGGUACUUCAGGAAGUUAAGCUAUUUUAGACAGUAAAGAAGCACUGUGAAAUCUAUGCAAUUAUCUUAUUCUGCAAAAUCUGUAAAAAAUAUAUCCACAAAGCUAUUUUUGUUGUCAAUCUUUUCUAAUGAUAAACACGUUUUAUCAACAAAGUUGUUUGCUUUAAUAAAU